AUGGGGUGGAGGGGUAUUGCAGUCAAUGAAUUUGGUAGGAUCGGACUUGAGCAUUCUCAAAGUAAAGGUAUGGACCUAGCUCUUCCCCCUGUGACUCCAAUUAUCAGAGAUGCCGGACAUCAUCAGCCAAGUCCAACAACAGGUGAGGCACAGGAAUGGGCGGUGCGUGGAUGUAAGUGCCCGAGGGAGUGGUGGAAGCGCGCAGGCAAAUUGAUGGCCAAAAACAGCGUCGACUGCGGCGGUUUUGGGCAGGGCAGCCCAUUGGCAUCAUCUUGUUUAAAGAGGCUUUUUUUUGAUACUAUUGUUAAAUGGAAACAUUGA